AUGCAGCAACACUUCGAUGUAGAUGCUACUAGUUUGGUGGUUGCAAUGCAGGCACAUGAAUGUGUUCUGGGAUGGUGGUGCCUUAAGCCAGUAGUCAGUCAUGUCCCUAAUAAUUUGGAAAACCAGCAAAGCAAUUCCUCAGACGACAGCUCCAUUGCUGAUGUCUCUGUGGCAGCAGCACCAACUCCUUAUGGGGCCCUUGAAUUAACUAAAAGCAAGCGAAAAGUUUGGCAUCUCUGUCCCCAUCUUGUAUCUGUGUCCUUUGCUUUGAGCCUUUCUCUUCUGCAGUCACUUUACAAUCAUCUUGGAAUCCAGGAAGGAAGCCCUAUAGCCCACACAAGUGCAUAUGUACCCAAGUCAAAAGACAAAUGCAAAAAACUUCAUAAAAAACUUUCUUCAAUCUUGAUGGCCAAUAAGCGUUGCCUGGACAUGGAGGGCAGGAUUAAGACCCUCCAUGCCCAGAUUAUUGAGAAAGAUGCCAUGAUCAAAGUGCUCCAGCAGCGCUCCCGGAAGGAACCAAGUAAGACAGAGCAGUUGUCCAACAUGCGGCCAGCAAAGUCUCUGAUGUCCAUUUCCAAUGCCGGGUCAGGCUUGCUCUCCCACACAUCCACUCUGACUGGUACCCCCAUCAUGGAGGAGAAGCGGGAUGACAAGACUUGGAAGGGCAGCCUAGGUAUUCUCCUGGGUGGAGACUACCGUGCUGAAUCUGUUCCAUCCACACCCUCACCUGUGCCCCCUUCCACUCCUCUGCUCUCGGCUCAUGCCAAGACAGGUAGCCGAGACUGCAGCACCCAAACCGAACGUGGAACGGAACCAAACAAAACUGCAGCUGUUGCUCCCAUCUCUGUUCCUGCUCCAGUUGCUGCUGCUGCCACUGCUGCUGCCAUCACUGCCACUGCUGCCACCAGCACUGCCACUGCUGCCACCACACCACUCAUGGUGCUGCUGCUCCAGCUGCUGCUUGCUCAGAUUCCAGCUGCCGCAUCUGCUGCUGCUGCUGCUCCUGCUUCAGCAGCUCAGGCUUCUGCUCCGGCUCAGACUCAGACUUCAGCUCUGGCUGUGGCUCCUCCGCCAGCUCCAACUCCAACUCCAGCUUUGGCUCAGGCUGAGGCUCCUGCAAGUCCAGCUACCAGUUCUGGACCACGUCGUUUGUCUAUACCAAAUUUGACCUGCAAUCUAGACAAGACAGAUGCUCCUGUUUUCCACUCCAAUACUCUGGAAAGAAAAGCUCCCAUUCAGAUCCUGGGACAAGAACCUGAUGCAGAGAUGGUGGAAUAUCUCAUCUAACUGCCCAAUCAAGAGCUGCAAUUUAUCAGCAAAAAUGCUUUCAAUCAUUUUCCCCUUUUGUUUGUUCUUAU